ACGGUCCCGCAGCGCUAUCUCGGCCGCAGCCACCGCCACCACCGCCUCCUCCGUCUUCAGGAUGAACUCGCGGAUGCGACCCUGGAGGGAAGCGGCCACGCUGCUGCUGGCGGCGGGCACACCGGGGCGGCUGCCGCGCUCCCCGCCCGGCCACACCGACUAUGAGCUGCUGCUGCUGCAACGCAGCUCCCGCAGCGGCUUCAUGGCCGGCGCCCACGUCUUUCCGGGUGGCCUGUUGGAGGCGGCCGAUUUCUCCGCCGAAUGGCUGGGGCUGCUGCCCGCCUCUCCUCAGUGCGGGCUGAGCCCGGUGAGGCCGCCGCCCCCCGGCAGCAGCCGGACCCCGCUCUUCGCCGCCGCCCGGGAGCGGCUGGGCUCCCCGCUGCCGGGGGAAGUCGCCUUCCGCAUCUGCGCUAUCAGGGAAACUUUCGAGGAGGCGGGAAUUCUGCUGCUGGUGCCGGGGCCCGGGCCGGCGGCGGGCAGCGGGCCGGCCCCCCUGCUGCCGGAGGAGCUCUUGCCCCCCGCAGCCGAGCUGAGCGAGUGGAGGCGCCGGGUGCAGGAGGAGCCGGGCUCCUUCUUGCAGCUGUGCCGGCACCUGGGCUGCGUCCCCAACAUUUGGGCGCUGCAGGAGUGGAGCAACUGGCUGACUCCUGUGGACAGGGCUGGUCGCGGCGGCCGGCGCUAUGACACAGCUUUCUACCUGUGCUGCUUGGAGAAGCGGCCGCCCCGCACCUCGCAGGACGACCAAGAGGUGACAGCCUUCCUGUGGUCAUCACCUCCGGAAGCCAUUGAACGCUUUAAAUCUCAAGAAAUAUGGUUUCCUCCACCUCAGUUCUAUGAAUUGUGCAGGCUGUGCAACUUCUCUUCACUAGAUGAGUUACACAAGUUCAGCUCAGAUCGUGCUCUAGAGGGGUGUGAAUGUUGGAUGCCUGUGAUGUUGAGUGCUUCAGAUGGCUACAUUCAGCUAUUGCCAGGAGAUGAGUUAUAUCCAGAAGAUCCAGAUUAUACAGGAGAAAAGAAAAUCAUCAUGACUACAGAUAAGACAGUUGACAAGCUCAUGAAAGAGGGUAGUAUAUUUCACCGGAUUGUUAUUAAAAACAUCAACAAUCUUGCUGUCUAUGUUAAUAUUCAAGCAAAAUAUAAACAUAUGAAUCCACUGAUGAUAAACUCUGAUUGUUCAGAUUACAACAGCAGAUUAUAAUAUUUGUUUUAAAGCUAGAAUAUUUUUAAUUACAUACAUAUUCAUUGUGGGCUUGGUCUUUUCUAACCACUGCCAAAUAGUUAUGAAAAUAUUGCUUUGUUCUGCCAAAGCAUUUUGUGUUUGAGACUUCUGAGUACCUAACUGGUUCACUCUUUGAAACAGCACAGUUGUGCCAGUUAUGGGGUUUAGAAGCAACUGAAAAUGUAACUAUCAACUUAAUUAUUGAUUAACUUAAAUGCGAUUUUUCUGUAAUGAUACAUACUAAUUGUAGAAUAUGCUGCAACGCUGGUCUGGUGGGUCACACAGGUCCUUUUCUCACUGAAAAUUUAAGUAUAUAUUAUCUUCAGAACAAACAUAUAUAGAGUUAGAAUUUUUUUUUUCUAUGCUUCCCAAAGUUAUCCUUUAGACAACUGAUAUGCGUGUCUAAGAAUGAAUUAAAUCUCCCAUUCCAUAUCUGCUGACAUCUCCCAUUAUCUCAUUUUUGGGAAAACGUGUGUGUGUCUGUAUGUAUGGUUAGACUUAUUAACUAAGAAUCACUCUUAACAAAAAAUUAAUAGAAAGUUAAUGUUCAGAUUUGAUAUACCAAAAUUCUACUAAUUCUGUUAAAAAUUUUACAGCUUACAAAACUAGAAAUCAUUUAUACAGUCACCUGUCAGAUUGAGUGCAUUCUCAACAUCUUAAUCUUCAUUUUGGUAGCAAUUUAAAAAAUAGAAAAAGUUUAUCUGUAAAAAUGCUGACAACUUUAGGGAACAGUGUACUACCUUGGAAACACCUGUUUCAAUAUAUCAAUAUCCUACAUUUUUUCCUUCUACUUUACUAAAUAUAUCUGGGAUUUAAGAACUUCAGAUAAAGUACUGCUGCUUGCUUUUUUGCUUUGGAUUUGUUUGUUUCGUCUUUUUUUUGUGCAAUAAGUGGAAUAGCAAUAUAAAUUCUUCAUCUGGAAGAAGAAUGAAUAACGAUUUGAGAUUAACCAGUAAACUUGUUCAGAAAGCUGUGUUUCAAUUAAAAUCUUCUGCAAUAUUUUAAUUAAAUCAAAUUAGUUUGUAGUAUUCAUUUGUAUUAGAAAAAAAAACUGUAUUUUUUCUCUUCUCUUUGAACAUGCUCAAACU